AUGGAACCGUUAGUGAUAUUUAUCAUAGUAGUUGUCUGCAUGUUCACCUUCGUUGUAGUAUUUACAUUGUGCCAAGUGGCUGCUGGAAGGCAAGCAUUUGGAAGUGGUGGUGGUGGCGGCGGCGGUGGUUUUGGCCACCACAACCACCAUCAUCAUUCUCAUCACGGUGGAAUGAUGGGUGGGAUUAUUGGCAGUGGAGCUUGUGGUGGCGGAGGAGGAGGUGGGGGUGGUGGAGGUGGAGGUGGAGGAGGAGGAUGUGGUGGUGGUGGUGGUGGUGGUGGUGGAGGAGGAGGAGUUUCUGUUGCUAGUGUUGCAAAUAUAUCUGCUGAAGUGAACAAUAUCUCUAUGCUGAAUGUGACAAAUUUUAAGGUCUAG